UGUGUACGGCAUUAAACCCACCCAGACAAACACACGCCUACUGGGGGAACACAACAGGCACGGUUAUAAACGUGUCUUGGAAAAGUGUCCCAAUGUUUAAUCCGUAGCCUAUUGUGUUUAUAUGUAACAGCAUUUUAUUUAUUUUAGUUACCAUGUUGUGCUCGUUAUCGGUUCAAACACGCGUUAAAACCAUACACAGGCGCGCCGCUCCCGACUCUCCACUGGCGAUGAUAAGUUGGAGUGACUCGACUACAGCGCUGCUGCUGCUCGCGGUCACCAGAGAGCAGAGAGAGACGCCACCCCGCUCCGCGCUCGAGCCGCCAGUGCUGCUGCUCGCUACCCAAAAACAACUCACGAGGAUCUAGGCGACGAAUCGGCACUUUUUCCUCGCUGUGAACGAACAGGUGGCAUUGGGAAAACACUUCAACUUCCUACAAGGUUUUCCUGGGAAUUAUAUUUCAGCCUUCACCUUUUUGGGAAUGUUUUUUCUUGUGUCUUUGGAUGCCUCGCGCUUUCUAGUCGGAAUUACAAAGUAACAGGAGAAACACACACUCACCGGAGGAAAGAAUGAAAGUGACGGUGUGUUUCGGGAGGACUCGUGUGGUCGUCCCCUGCGGAAAUGGGACUAUAAAAGUGCAUAGUCUUAUCGAACAAGCGGCUAUGAGAUAUAAAAAGGUUAUCGCCAAGGACCAUAACUACUGGGUGCAGGUCCACAGGCUGGAGCAUGGAGACGGAGGCAUCUUGGACCUGGAUGACGUGCUGUGUGAUGUGGCAGACGACAAAGAUAGGCUGGUGGCCAUCUACGAAGAGCAGGACCCCCACAACGGUGGGGAUGGGAUCAGCUCCACGGGCACCCAGAGCCCUGAGCCCUUCCCCACGGACCUCAGCUCCACCAACGGCUCCUACCAGCCCUACCAGACCGCCAGCGAGAUCGAGGUCACCCCGUCCGCCCUGCUCUCCAGCAUGCCGCUCCACGUGCGCCGCAGCAGCGACCCCUCGCUGGCGGCCCCACCCCUGGGCUCCGAGGCCCAGGGGCUGGGGGGGCCGGAGGAGCCGUCCAGGAAGAACCCGGCCCGCUGGUCCACCACCACGGGCUUCAAGUACGGCCACAAGCCGGGCCCCGGCGCUGGUGCUGGUCCCGGUGCCGGGGCCGGGGGUGGCACCGGCAGCCUGGAACGCAAGGGGCGGGGAGCGCACGCCUACAGGAGCCUGCCACGGGACUCCGCCUGGGCGGCCCAGUUCCAGAGAGAGACCACCCGGUCGUCUCUCAGCGCCAACCAUCCCAUGGUGGACCGCUGGCUGGACCGGCAGGAACAGGAAGAGGACGAGGAAGGGGAAGUGGAGCACAUGAGGAAGGACGAGGGGAGGAAUGGACGGAUAGAGCCGUUGGGAAGGGCGGACUCGUCGCUGGAACACGCCGCCAUGUUGGGUUUAGAUGCGAUGCUGAAGCCGGUUGAGGUGGGCAACGAAGGAGGGCCCCUGGGGAUCCACGUGGUGCCGCUCAGCUCUGUGGACAUCAGGACCAACGGCCUUCUGGUGAAGCGUCUGGAGCGGGGUGGCAAGGCCGAACAGGAGGGCCUGUUCCAGGAGAAUGACUGCAUCGUGCGCAUUAACAAGGCGGACAUUCGACACCUGCGAUUCGAACAAGCUCAGAACAUGUUCCGGCAGGCCAUGCGGACCCCGCGCAUCCUCUUCCACGUGGUGCCGGCUGCCCUCAAGGCCCAGUACGAGAUGCUGUCGGCCCCGGCCUCGCUCGCCUCGCCCACCUGCAACCGGGUCCGCUUCAGCCAGGAGCCUCAGCGUCCGCCCGGCGACCGCUCCAGCGUGACCCCCCCGGGGGGCGGGGGCCUGGAGCGGGCCCAGCACAGGACGUCCCGCACCGGGCCACCCCCGAACGCCCCCAAUCACAACAGCCACCAGCUCCCUCUGUCACGGAGCACCCCGGAGCCCGGACCCCGCUACUCCACCGGCCCCCCGGCCCUGGUGGUCCGGACACCCCCGGCCCCCCCGGCCCCGUCGCCCUCCCUGCAGCGCAGGGUCAGCAGCAGCCUCUCCACCGGCUCCUACUCCAUCAAGUCCGGCCGCAGGCUCCACGUGAAGCUGAGGAAAGGUCCCGAGGGCCUGGGCUUCAGCAUCACCUCCAGAGACGUCCCCAUCGGCGGCAGCGCCCCCAUCUACGUCAAAAACAUCCUCCCGCGUGGCGCUGCCAUCCAAGAUGGCCGCCUGAAAGCUGGUGACAGGCUGUUAGAGGUGAACGGUGUGGAUCUCACCGGUAAGAGCCAGGAGGAGGUGGUGGCCCUGCUCCGUGCGUCCCCCAUGGAGGGGACAGUGGGCCUGCUGGUGCUCCGCCAAGAAGACCCCCUGCUGCCCAGAGAAGUGAAGGACGACGAGGACCUGAUGCUGACGCCCGACGGCACGCGGGAGUUCAUGACCUUUGAGAUCCCUCUGAGUGAGUCGGGCUCGGCCGGCCUGGGGGUCAGCGUCAAGGGCAACCGCUCCAAGGAGAGCCACACGACCUGGGGCAUCUUCGUCAAGUCCAUCAUGAACGGCGGCGCGGCCUGCAAGGACGGACGCCUUCGCGUCAACGACCAGCUGAUCGCCGUCAACAGCGAGUCUCUGCUGGACAUGACCAACCAGGAGGCCAUGGAGAACCUCCGCACCUCCAUGUCCGUGGAGGGCAACAAGAGGGGGAUGAUCCAGCUCAUCGUGGCGCGACGGGUGGCCCAGAACAACGAGGACGGUACGGCAACGGAGGGUGUUCCCUUGCACUCCUCGCUGUCUGACGACCGAGAGCGGUGCAUCUCGCACUCCCUCUACGGCACCAUCGCCGGCCUGGACGACGUCUCGGCUCGCUGCAGAAGCACACACGCACACUCGUCUAACUUCCAGCUCUCCCCCACUGUCAACAUGCCCCAGGAUGACAUCGUCAUGAUCGAAGACGAUAGGCCGCCCAUGCUUCCUGUCCACCUCUCCGACCAAUCGUCUUCGAGUUCCCACGAGGACAUGGGCUUUGUGGUGGGGAACCAGGUGCCCUGGAUCCACGAGCUGCCCAGUCACAAUGAAUGCUCGCUGAGCCCGGACACGGACGCAGACGGCUCCUUCCAGCGGGAGGGCUUCGGGCGCCAGAGCAUGUCGGAGAAACGCACCAAACAGUUUGAGAACCCCGCCCAGCUGGAGAUCGUCAAGACGCGCAAGUCCAAGAGCAUGGACCUGGGAACCUCGGAACAGGAAGUGGGACCCUCGCUCGGCCUGAAGAAGUCCAGCUCCCUGGAGAGCCUCCAGACGGCCGUGGCGGAGGCGUCGCUCAACGGCGACAUCAACGUGCACAGGCCACGCCAACAUAUCAAUCGGGGGCGGGGCUGCAACGAGAGCUUCCGGGCGGCCAUCGACAAGUCGUACGACACGUCCGUUGCCGUGGCCACAGAGGAGGACAUCGGAAUGGAGACGUUGGACGAGGACACAGAGGGCAGCACCCGCUCAGGGAGGGACUCCCUCUCCACCACGGGGGACCCCCACUCCCCCGUGUCCCUCGGGCCGGGGCGUCGUCCACGGGACGACGGCAGGCUGCAACCCCCGCCCCCGGAGCAACGCAGCCGGAGGAAGAAGAAGAAGGAGCCGGAAGCAGAGGAAGAGUCAGUCGAUGGACCGGGGAAAAGCCCCAUGGACGGCAAAGAGCGGGAAAAGGGCCGAGGCAAGAAAGGCGUGCUGAAGGGCCUGGGCGACAUGUUCAGGUUCGGUAAGCACCGAAAGGACGAGCCCCCUGGGGAGAGGAUGGAGAGGAAGGGGUCCAGUAAGUCCCGGGCCGGCGACGGUCCCACCUCCCUGGACGACACCGUGCAGAUGAGGCUGGAGCAAGAACGGAUACAAGCCAAGACGCGGGAGCUGCGGGAGCGCCAGGCAAAGGAACGGGAGUACGCCGAGAUCCAGGAGGUGGGCGGCGGCGGCGGGAGUGGCGGCGGGGGGCGGGGCUUCAGCUCGGACGAGGAGCACCCCUACGCGGGCAUCGGCUCGCUGGACUCUUCGGUGGACAGCGGCCACGCCGACUCCCUCAACAGCCACCACCACUACCACCUGCCCCAGAGCCCCCAGAUGCCCCGCACCAUACUGAGCCCCCCCCGGGACGAGCCCCCCCAGCCCCCCCUGGAGGCCCUGUACGCCCAGGUCAACAAGCCCCGGGGCCGACGCACUCCCCCCAGCCAGGACAGCCAUGUGGCUCCCAACAACCAUGACCGGAUACAAAGGUUGAGGCACGAGUUCCAGCAGGCCUUACACGAGGAAGAACCGGAAGACCAGGUCCACACCUUCAGCCCAGACCAGUCCUGGGCCAGCAACGGGACAGACGGCGGGCGCCAUUCGGUGACGAUGGACAGCCAGGUCCAGAAGCAGCAGCCGGAGGAGGAGGAGGAGGAGGAGGAGGAGGAGGAAUACCAGCAGGCCCAGAGACACUACAACUCCCUGCCCCGUCAACCCCAUAAGAACCCCAGCACCGCUUCCCAGGACCCCUGGGAGAGGUCUACCCCCCCCGGGGAGACCUUCCAGACGGCCAAGGACAACCCCCGCUACUCCAGCUACCAGGGCUCGCGCAACAACAACAACGGCUACCUGGGCGCCACGGGCUUCAACGCCCGGGUCCUGCUGGAGACCCAGGAGCUACUGAGGCAGGAGCAGCGCCGCCGGGACCAGCAGCAGCAGCAGGAGCAAGAGGCCGGCCAUGCCCGCUCGCCUGCACCGCAGGACAGGGAGUCUUGUACUCCAGCCCCAGGCUCCGUCUGCAGCUCCAGCUCGGGCUCCAGCAUGGCCGGCACCCAGUCCCAUAAAGGCCCCUACAGGCAGGACGUGCCCCCGUCCCCCUCGCAGCUGGCCAGGCUGGGCCGGCACCACAGCUCGGAGAAGGGCAGGCAGUUCUACUCCUGAGAGAGGCAGGCGGAGAGGUUAGAGAGAGGCCGCGGCGAGGGGACAUGGGGAUUCAGAGACGGGGGACUGUGGGACGAAACUGCGGGGAGGAAGAGGAAGAGAGGGACAGAGGCAGCGAAGACGAACAACUGACUCCAUAUGCAAUCACUGGGGACGGGGGAUGAGGAAGUCUGUUGCUUUUCAAUCGCCAAGAUACAAAUAUCUUCCUUUUUUUAUGAUUAUGGGAUUGUUGAUAUGAAAUGUCUAUAUAUAAAUAUAUAUAUUUAAAACAAAGAUCAUUUUUUUUAAAUACGUUAUGAAUCAUGAUGCUGUCGUCUUUCGAUCAAUCUAAUGUCCACUGAGGUGCCCGCCGUUCUGUGGUGGUCAUCGUCCACUGCCUCCCAGUGCCUUCUUCCUCCGCAGCAACAGAUGCUCAACCUGUCGUCUGACUACGUCUAAUAAGGCCCGCCAUGAGACACCGCGCAGAUGUUUAUGUUGUCAUGCCGUUGUCUGUGACAUAUGAUCCAGGGGCCAUGUGGGGAUGAUGUCCGUCUGGGUCUCUCUCUCUUUCUCUUUCUCUCUCUCUCUCUCUCUCUCUCUCUCUCUCUCUCUCUCUCUCUCUCUCUCUCUCUCUCUCUCUCUCUCUCUCUCUCUCUCUCACUCUCUCUCUCUCUCUCUCACUCUCUCUCUCUCUCCCCCUCUCUUUGCACAUGUGUGACUCAUUUAGUGUCAUCAUCCAUUAUUCCUGAGCACACAUUUGCUCGGUCAUGCUGUGUACAUCUGUGUGAUUGGGUUUGUUCUAAGGUGUGUGUGUGUGUGUGUGUGUGUGUGUUUGUGCAGGUGUUUUCUUUGUGGGGAUGGGGUGGGGGCCGUUUGGUUCAGGUUAGUUUUGAGUUUAUUCAUGUAUGUUCCUCAUGAAAAAUGGAUGGCUCCCUAUAGCCUGUGUGUGUGUUUGUUUGUGUGUGUGUGUAUGUGUGUGUUUGCUAAGCGGUGUCUGUCCGCGUGUGUUUUGCGUAUGUGUGUGUGUGUGUGUGUUUUUCUUUGUGUACGUGUGUGCAUAUGUUUGCGGACGAGUGUGUGUUUGCGUACGUGUGUGUGUGCAUGCGUGCGUUCGUGCGCGUGUGUGUGUCUGCGUGUGUGUGUGUGUGUGUCCCUGCGUGGUGCGUGAGUGACGCAGGCUAACCCCGCGCCCCAGCGGCCGCCCUUGCAGUAAUCAGAGCCCUGGGCCUCCUGUUGUCCAGAUUGUUCCGACCUGAAUAUUUCAUCAGCGGUGGUUGCAGGGGACUGCGUGCCCCGGCGUGGACUGCCUGACUCACAGCCGGGGCAGCAUAGAGCUGAUUCUUGUUUUCGUUGCCAUUACUAUUUCUUCUUCCAUUUUGUGAUUGCGCCAUUGAUAGAUAAAAAGAAACAACACCCCAAGAGAGCCUCCUUAUUUGGCUGUUGGCAUGGUUAUUUUAAAAUGAGGUUGUGCGUGUGUGUGUGUGUGUGUGUGUGUGUGUGUGUGUGUGUGUGUGUGUGUGUGUGUGUGUGUGUGUGUGUGUGUGUGUG